AAAAGAGGUAAAAAAAAUAUUCUCGACGAAGCUCACACAAGCAGAAUCUUUUACACUUGCAAAACCCUGAAAUCUGACGUUCUGCCAUGGUUUUCACAGCCACGCUGAGUUCAAGCUUCACUUCAGCACCUUCUUCCUCCUCUCGCUACUCACUCUCCGCAACUUCCUCCUACUGUGCAUUUCCCCCACGCAGGUUCGCGACUCCAAGAAUGGGACCGUCUCCGGCUCAAGCCCAGGCCCAGUCCAAGGAGGCCAAGCUCUGGGGCGGGAGGUUCAAGGAGGGUGUAACCGACGCCGUGGAGAGGUUCACGGAGUCGAUCUCCUUCGACAAGCAGCUCUACAAGCAAGACAUAAAGGGAAGCAGAGCGCAUGCGUCGAUGCUCGCUCACCAGGGUUUGAUAAGCGCGAGCGACAGAGACUCCAUUCUCGAAGGUUUGGAGGAAAUAGAGAGGCGCAUUGAGAAUGGAGAGUUCAAUUGGAGAGCUGACAGAGAGGACGUGCACAUGAACAUCGAGGCUGCGCUCACCGACAUGAUCGGUGAGCCUGCGAAGAAGCUCCACACCGCUCGGAGUAGGAACGAUCAGGUUUUGACUGACUUUCGCCUCUGGUGCCGCGACGCCAUCGACGGGAUACUCGUCAGCAUGAAGCAGCUUCAGGUGUCGCUGCUGACCCUGGCUUUGAGGAACGAGGGUCUCAUUGUUCCUGGUUACACUCACUUGCAGCGCGCGCAGCCCGUUUUGCUGCAGCAUCUUCUCUUGGCUUAUGUUGAGGAGAUUGAGCGUGAUGCUGGGCGCUUGGUAGAUUGUAGAGCUAGGAUGAAUUUCUGCCCCUUAGGGGCUUGUGCAUUGGCUGGUACAGGGCUUCCCAUAGAUCGAUUCAUGACUUCAGAAGCUUUAGGAUUUACGGCUCCCUUGAGGAAUAGUAUAGAUGCAGUUUCGGACCGAGAUUUUGUACUGGAGUUUCUUUCUGCAAAUGCCAUCACAGCUGUGCAUCUUUCUCGGCUUGGUGAGGAGUGGGUACUGUGGGCUUCCGAGGAAUUUGGAUUUAUCACACCAAGCGACUCUGUUUCAACUGGAAGUAGUAUUAUGCCUCAGAAAAAGAAUCCAGAUCCCAUGGAACUUGUUCGUGGGAAGUCUGCCAGAGUCAUAGGGGACCUUGUUACGCUUCUCACAUUGUGUAAAGGUCUUCCUCAUGCUUACAACCGUGAUUUGCAGGAAGACAAAGAACCAGUAUUUGACAGCGUGAAAACUAUUUUGGGGAUGCUUGAGGUAUCAGCAGAAUUUGCUCUCAAUAUUUCCUUCAAUCGGGAAAGAAUACAAAAGGCAUUACCUGCUGGUCAUCUUGAUGCAACCACACUUGCCGAUUAUCUUGUUAAUAAGGGUGUGCCAUUUAGAACGUCUCAUGAUAUCGCUGGAAAAUCUGUUGCUUUAUGUACACUUAAGAACUGCCAACUGCUGGACUUAAGUCUUGAUGAACUCAGAAGUAUAAAUCCAGUUUUUGAAGAGGACGUGUAUGAUUUUCUUGGAGUAGAAAAUGCGAUCCAGAAAUUUGUCUCUUACGGCUCCACUGGGUCAGCAUGUGUUGCCAGCCAAAUUGACUAUUGGAUGAAAAAACUUGAAAUGAAGUAAAGAUUAUCCUGAUUGUCAUGAUAAUCUCAUCGUGCCAUGGAAAGCCAAUCCCAAAAACUUGGAAUAAAUGCUCAUGCCAAAGAUCCUAACGCGUAAUUCUGGAAUCCACCAAGAUGAUACCUUUGAGUGUUUGAAGUGUGUAAGAGCAUUAGGUUUUAUAUGCAAAUUAGUCAGGUUUUCUGAAUAUUUCAGAAUCAAAAUGUCACACCUAAUAGUGAUCUUAUAUUUUAUGGCUUUUAAUGAAAUAAAGUCAUCUUCAGCCACCAGACAUCACAUGAAUACCAUCAAAUGAACAUGAAUUUUUGAAAGUUAGAGACAA